GAUCGAGCUGUCGAGGUUUCUCUUGAAAGUCGAUAUCUAUUGCAUAACAGAUCUCUACUAACUUCAAUUCAGACUCGUCUCAGAUCUUUACAAUGGCGGCCAGCAGGAUUAAUAUUAUUGCGAGGUCGCUUUCCUCUGCUGCUGGCGGUGGAAUGGUGAAGCCUCCAGUGCAAGUGUUUGGACUUGAUGGACGCUAUGCUACCGCCCUAUACUCUGCCGCCUCAAAGCAAAAAUCUUUGGAUAUUGUGGAAAAAGACCUGAUCAAAUUUCAGGGUUUGCUCAAGACAGACGUAAGGCUCGCUGAGUUUGUUAAAGACCCAACAGUGAAACGAAAAUUGAAAGUCGAUGCUUUAAAAUCUGUCGGAGCCAAGGCCAGCCUGAAUGUAGCAACUACCAACCUGCUAGCUCUACUCGCAGAGAAUGGACGUCUCAAAAAUGUUAACGGAGUUAUCAAUUCUUUCAAAAUCAUAAUGGCAGCAGACCGAGGAGAAGUAGUGUGUGAAGUAAUCACUGCCAAGCCGUUGGAUGCAGAGACCAAGGGCAAAUUGGAAACCACCCUCAAAGCAUUCCUUAAAAAAGGAGAGACCAUUCUGCUUACUACGAAAACUGAUCCAUCCAUCAUUGGAGGCAUGGUUGUUUCAAUUGGAGACAAAUAUGUCGAUCUAAGCGUUGCCAGUAAGGUGAAGAAAUAUUCAGAAAUUAUUAAGACCGCAGUUUAAUCAUCCUUCAACCCAUGGAGGGCUGUAAACCUUCCCUUCAAGUGUAGUUACAUACGAAUAUGUUGUACAUUGUCUCUACUCGUAAUAAAUGAAAAAACCUAAA